CAGUUACACAUCGUUUCAACCCCAACUUAAAACAAAAAACUUUACAGCUCCAAAAUUCCCAGAAAUUAAAAAACAAGAAGAUGAAGGUCAAAACAGAGGAAUCAGUUUCAGCAAGCAAGAAGAAGAUUAAUCAUCAAUCCCAAGUUGAUGAAAAAGAAAGUUCUGGUAACAAGAUGUUCAACAAAUCUUCAAAGCUAAGCAACAAAGCUUGGAGUAUGUCUUCUUUAAUGGAGGAUCUCCCUCUCUCUGCUUCUUCCUCUUUCAAUGGCGAUUCACCAACUCUUCCUUGCGAUUCUUGUCGUCCUUCUACUGUUUUCUACUCCCCAACAAGAUUUCAGGGAUUGAAAAACUCAAACAGUUUCUCAAAUCUGAAGAAGCAAUUUGAAUCAGAAAUAAAGAAUGGAUAUCUUGGAGGAUUUGGGAGCAAUGAAGUGGAUAACUCAACUGCAACAUUUGAUUAUGAGUCUUCAGUUUGUCUUCAUGAUGAUAAUAAGCCAGCAUUAUAUGCUGCUGUUUCUGAAGAGUGUUAUGGUUAUCAUCAGCAUAAGAAAGGAUCUGGAAAUGCAAAUUGUGAAGUAUUUGAAGGGGCAAUACCGGUAAUCGACAAGGAACAAGGCGAACGCCGGCUGAGCCAUCGCCCUAAGUCCUACCAGGACUUCUUGGAUGAAACUCGGAGUCACAAGCAAAAGGCUGAGAUCGAUGCAAUGAGGAAGGCUUCAUAUACUUAUCUCCUAAGAAAGCUAACAAAGAAAGAAGAAGCCAUUGAUGAGUGGGAAUCAAGCCGUAAGAAGAAAGCAGAGCUUCAUCUGGACAAGCUUGAGAGGAAGCUGGAGCAGAAACGGGCAGAGGCAGUGCAGAAGGUGCACAAGAAACUUGCAGAGGCAAAGCAAGAAGCUCAGGAGAGGAAAGCUAAGGCAAGACGCUCAGCUUUGAAGGAAAUGGCCAAACAUUGUUCACAGCUCACUUGACACCAACCAAACCAAAGUUUGAAGAAUUUGCUCAUCACAAAAACAAACAUCUAUUUGUGCAGAAUUAGCUCCAUAAAUACUACUCUCUCAUUUCCUCCUGGAAAUUUAGCUUUCUGUUUAUAUUUCAAAGUUGUAAGAAGCAAACUCUGUGAGUGUACAAAAAGGAGCAUUUUAUGCUUUCCUAAA